UAUCCGAGCUGUUUUCUUCGCCGGACCGCGUGGAGUCUGCCCUCAGCGCUCUCGGCAUCAACAACACCAAUUUCUGGUCCAUCGCAGCACCCAGAGUCCACGCUGGAUACAUCAAUCUAAAGCCGAUCAUCACCCCAAAAUCCGACUACCAAAUCUCCAACUUCGUUGCCAAUCGGAGUCCAUGUCACAAGCCAUCGUGCCAGCCAACGUGGACGUGGUGACUUUAGACGACGUCUAUGGAGCUAUUAUAGAACAGUUUUGUAAUAUAGAAGAUGAGCAGGCGAAGCAGAUCGUGCCUGCUUUGAUGGAGAGCGUCAACUUUAGUUACGUUUUGGAUAAGAUAUCAUCAGUCCUCCUCGUCCAACUCUACUCAGCAGCAAACCUAACUAGCGAAGAGGGCGCCACAGUCCUGGAAAGCUAUCCUCAGAUGGCGUCCCUCCUGCCUAUAAUCCAGGACAAUGUGGGCAACCUAAGUGACGUGCUGGCCAACGAACCCAUCUUCCAGAAGCUUGCUGAUUUCACGUCGGUUGGCAAUCUGUUUUCUUCAUCAAGUUUCCUAGCAUCGGCCGGUAAUAUGUUGUGCGGAGCGCCUAUGCGGUCGGUGGACAAUCGCUUCUAUAAAGCCAUUGUCGAGACCACUGACUUCUCUAAGGAGCCUGACCCUAUGCAGUUGGAAGUGUUGCCAACCGAUUUCUGCCGCUCUAUUUACAAAGAAAUAUUAGGCAUGUAUGGCGGCAAAAUUGUAUGGAGUUAUAUAAAGCCAAUCAUCAUGGGAAAGAUACUUUAUACUCCUGUGAAUCCUAUGGUCGAGAAAAUUAUUUACCAGGCAAACUCGACGUACGCUCACAUGCAAAAGCUAGUUGACUUGGUCCACUCAUUCGCCAGCGCGUUUACUUCCAUCGACAAAUUAUCCCAACACAGAGACGGCAUCACAGUCUUAAGGCGACUUAUAGCUUCACCAGCGUUUGGCCAGUUAAGGAAGAAUCUUAUAGGAGAAUCACCAGUUCCUGAUGUGGAUGUAGACGGACUUUUUGAUGAAUUUGGGGAUUUGAAGAAUGUAGGCAGCAUGCUCCGCAAAGGCUCAGACUUGCUCCAUUGUAUCAACAUGGACCGCUUCCGACCUGUGCCCGACGAGCAAGAGCUCACCCACGAGGCGGUCAGGCUGACCAGGGUCAACGAAUUCUCCGCCGGCGUUGUGUUCAUGAAUGUGGGCGAGGAGGCCGGCAGGCCAGUCAAUGUGGAAUACAAGAUCCGGAUGGAUAUAGAGAGUGUUCCUACUACUACGAGGUUACGGAACCAAUUCUGGACUCCCGGCCCCGAAGACAGUUUCCUCGAGAACAUGCGGUACUUCCGCGGCUUCGUCCAGAUCCAGGACUUGAUCGACAGCUCCAUCAUCAAGCUGGCCGCCAACACUUCUAGAAGCUCCCAGAGGGUUCAGAAGCGCGACGUUGCUGCUGCACCGGAGAAGUGGGCGGUGUAUACGCAGCAGACGCCAUACCCGUGUUAUAGGAAGGACUACUUCCAGUCAUCGCUGUACGAGUCUCAGGCGUUGGUCGUGGCGUUCUUCUUCUCAUUGCUCUUCACUGUAGCAUCUGCUGUACGCUUCAUAGUCUCUGACAAGGAAUCUGGAAAUACCAUGCUUAUGUCGGUAAUGGGCGUAAACCUGAGCUACCACACGCUGUCCUGGUGGUUGGCGUCGCUCGCAGAGCUCGCGGUGACCGCGGUGUGCGUCACGCUCGCGCUGGCGGCCGGCGGCGUGCUGCCGCGCACUGACGUCACGCUGCUCUUCACGCUGCUGCUUAUCUACGGCUACUCUGUGCUUAUGUUCUGUUACGUGAUGUCAAAACUGUUCUCAACGGCCAGCUCGGCGGCAGUGACGGCAGCUCUGGCGUACCUCGUCACUUUCAUGCCCUACGUGCUCAUACUGUCUCUAGAAGCACUAUUAUCUCUCACCUCCAGGUUAUGUGCUUGCCUCUCGAUGUCGACAGCGUUUUCAUACUCCCUGCUCUUCAUAGCACGUUUAGAAGCCAUCGGGGUCGGCGCACACUGGUCUGAUCUCUGGGCGACCCAACCUGGCGAUGGCAUGAGCAUUGGUCUGGCUGCUGUCAUGAUGCUGGUGGAUGGACUGCUUUAUUUGGCCAUUGGAUGGCUGAUUGACAGAUACUUUGGUCUAAAGACCCUCAGCAGUAGCAUCACCUACACGACCACGAGCAGUGAGAAGGCCGGCGUAAGCAUCGUCAAUGUGACUAAGAUAUACGGCGAACGCUCGCGAAGACCGAAAGUAGCGCUCGACAAUGUGUCUAUAGAACUACAUAAAGGACAAGUCACUACGUUGUUAGGACAUAAUGGUGCUGGCAAGACUACUCUUACGAGGUGGCGGAAACAUCCUCACGGGCAUGCUAAAGCCGACCAAAGGGCACGUGACCAUCCGAUCCGAGCUAGAGGCGGGACCCGUUUCGGGGUCUGUCCUCAACGGGACGUACUGUUUCCGUGCCUCUCAGCGAGAGAACACAUCUCUUUGUACGCACAACUGAAGACUGGUAAACCACUGAGAGAAGUCCAGGAUGAAAUAAACAGCAUGCUCCAAGUCCUAUCCCUGGGUCCUCACGCCGACCACCCAGCGAGCAAGUUGUCUGGUGGAACGCGACGGCGUCUAUGUGUGGCUUUGGCGUUCGUCGGACAACCGGAUUUGGUGUCGCUGGACGAACCAGCCGCUGGGGUUGACCCUGCUGCUAGGAGGGAUAUCUGGUCGAUGAUCCUGAAGCUGAAGGAGGACAGGACCGUCCUGCUUACCACACACCACCUGGACGAGGCGGAGUUCCUGAGCGACCAGGUCGUCAUCAUGCAUAAGGGUCAAAUCCACACCAUGGGCUCCCCAAUCGAGAUCAAACGCAGCCUUGGCAACGGGUACAAGUUAACUGUCACCUACCCCCACGACGAAGAAUGGAGGGAAGAAGAUUUGGAAGAGAAGACCAAAAUGCUGCUAGCUGCCGUGAGAGAUGUGGUCAAGAACGCACAAAUUGUGGAUGUAGACGGACUGGAGGUGGAAAUAGUGCUGCCGUUCUUUGAUGCCAAUGGGUUGAAUAAUGACUUCCUCAAAGUGUGCACCACACUGGAGGCCCGGCAGCAUGAGCUGGGUUUUGCAGCCUUCGCUAUGGAUUGUAGCUCGCUCGAGCAAGUCUUCUUCAACAUCACACCGCAGCCCGACGCCAAGUUUGACUACCCCGCCAAAUCUACUGAUUCUGGAGACAGUCCGUCGAAGAGCGCGUCAAGCGCAAGCAUCAAAACAGACCGAGCGCCGCUGGUUGACGCUUCAGGUAGCCUAACUGCUAGCGUCACAACUCAGAUACGCGCCAUGUUACGCGCGCGAUGGCUGCAUUACUCCAGGAACAGAUGGCUGUUGUUCCUGCUACUAGUGCUGCCCUCUCUGUUUGUGGUGAUCGCCAUGGGUUUCUCCAUGAUCCGCCCGCCGGCAGACAACGAGGUUCCUCUGAGACUACAUCCUGAGUUGUACCCUGGUGCUACACAGUUUCUAGUACCGCACCCCGCGAUGUAUUCAAAGGACAUGGAUCCAUCGUUUGUACAACGAGUAUUGGACGAGCUACAGAGUCAGAAGGACAAUACUAGGAAUUGGUCCAGCCAGGAUUCGCCCGACUGUAGAUGCGAUAUACGGCAAGUUUGCAACAUAACCGAGAGACCGUCUCUUCCGGAAAUGAUGCUCGUACCGGAUGCUGACACUCUUAAUAAUUGGCUCAUCGAUUCACAAGAGAUAUAUAUUGAGAAGCGCUACGGCGGCUACUCAUCAGCCCUACUAAACAACGUGAGCCACCUAGUGGCGUGGUACAACAACAAGGGCCACCACGCGUUGCCGAGUUUCGUGAACGGGCUGAACGCUGCCAUUUUGCGCUCUGUGGCGGGCCCGCGGGCUGACAUCGUUGCGUACACGCACCCGCUCAAGAUAUCGCAUGAGCAGCUUAGCAAAUCCACUUUAUUACAACACGUGGCCGACGCAGGCAUAUCAGGGAUGCUGCUAGUGGCGUACAGCCUGGUAGCGGCGGGUGCGGCGGCGCACCUGGUCAGCGACCGGCGGGGGCAGAAGCGGCUGCAGCUGCUGAGCGGCGUCAGCCCGGCGGCCUACUGGGCGGCCGCCGGCGUCUGCGACAUGGCUAUCAUGAUUCUGAACAUAAUCAUCUCUGUAUGCGUGCUGGAAGCGUUCGGUUUCCCCGUGUUCGUGGCCAAGAGUAAUUUACCCGCCAUCUGCUUGCUGCUCCUUCUAUUUGGUUACUCAUGCGGCAGCCUAGUCCACCUGCUUGAGAAGUUGUUCCUGGACCCCAGCCUCGCGACUAUGGUCAUAUUCUGCGCUAAUGUCUUCUGUGGUCUUUCUGGUAUCACGAUACUGCUCAUCAUGGACAUCAUCUCCGAAUCACAGGCAACGGACGACGCGCGGUGGGUGCUGCACAAAGUGUUCAUGUUGUGCCCGCAGUUCGUACUGGCCGACGCUUUGCUGGAGAUCGCCAAAAACACUGUACAGGCACAGGUGCUAGAGCGUUUCGGUAUGGACACGUACAAGGACCCGCUGUCGAGCGAUCUGCUAGUAUACCACUACGUGGCGUCAGCUCUGGUGGGGACAGUUCUCUUGCUACUGAACCUGGCCAUCGAGUACGACUACUUCGAAGGAAUUAUUGCUAAAUUCCGUAGCAAGGCCUUACCAGUAGACACUAACGAAAUGGAAGCGGCCGACGUAGUUGCGGAAAGGAGGCGCGUGGCAGAGUCCAUACAGGCGGCUAACGCGCGGGUCGUCAGGCUGCCCACUAUUGGGAACAUUAACGCUGGUUUUAUAGACACAGAAGGCAAGAAAAACUCCGUGAAGCGUAUGGUGUCAACUACAGCGGACGUAGCCCAAUGUGUGGCGCUUAGCAAACAGUACCACGCGCUCGGCGAACCGCGGGUCGCGGUCAGCCAACUUACUUUAGGCAUACCGCCAGGACAGUGCACGGCGCUAUUAGGGGAGAACGGGGCUGGCAAGUCCACCACAUUCGCUAUGCUGACGGGGGAGGUGCGGCCCACGAGCGGGCAGAUAUACCUCAACGAGGCGCCUGUUAACCCGAGGCAACUGUGCAGAGGGUUGAUCAGGGAGAACGGGGCUGGCAAGUCCACCACAUUCGCUAUGCUGACUGGGGAGGUGCGGCCCACGAGCGGGCAGAUAUACCUCAACGAGGCGCCUGUUAACCCGAGGCAACUGUGCAGAGGGUUGAUCAGUUACUGCCCACAAAAUGAUGCCCUAGAUCCGCUCUUGACAGUGCGAGAAACGCUUAGCUUCUACUGCCAGUUGAGAAGCAUAGAUCAAGAAGAUGAGGUAAUAAAGCGAACAGUGGACAUGUUCGACCUGUCGAAGUACGUGGAGGUGCGAACGGGCGCGCUCAGCGGCGGGAAUAAGAGAAAGCUGUGCGCCGCCGUCGCUUUCAUGGGAAGGACGCCGUUGGUGUUGCUGGACGAACCUACCAGCGGCAUGGACCCCGGCUCUCGCGGCUGCGUGGCGCGCGGCAUACGCGCGGCACGCGCGGCGCGACGCGGCGUGCUGCUGUCCACGCACGCGCUGCGCGACGCGCGACGCCUCUGCGCGAGAGUGGCUUUAAUGCGGCGGGGAAGACUGUGCGCGCUGGGCAGCGUCGAUGAUUGUCUAAGAAGGUUCGGCGGCGGCUAUGCGAUAUCGUGCCGCGUGGGGCGGCGCGAGGAUGCGACGCUGCAGAGCCCGCGCGCCGCGUGGCGUCGCGUGGUCGCGCGGCUGCCGCACGCCGUGCCGCGCGACCUCAGCCGGGGGCGCAUGCAGUUUGUGGUCCCUGCUGUACUAGGUCAGUGUGUUCGCGAUAUCGCGUCGCGUGGUCGCGCGGCUGCCGCACGCCGUGCCGCGCGACCUCAACCGGGGAUGUUCCUAAGCUUCACAGACAAGCCGGAGGAGAUAUUCUGGGACCCCCUCCCCUCCCCGCAACCGCGGCGGGACAGCGGACAACUCGACAGUAUUACGUCACUAUAA